AUGAGGCCCAAGCGAGGCCGGAAUUGUGCUCGAGUCCGCGCAAGACAGCCUCUUCUGGGAGGAGACGCAAAGACGAUUUCAGCCCAACAGUCUCGUCUCAUCGUGGCCCCACUUGACCUACUCGAAGUGAGUCUUAGCAACUCGGCUUGCUCGUCAAUCUCUGCCCCAACAACUGUGAAAGCCGUCUUUUGGGUUGACGAGAAUAUGCAGCUUCGUCUCAUAAAAUGCAUGUACAGAAAGAUCCUUUUCCCACCAAUCACAUGCUCGCAUCUGCUUCACAAUCGCUUUCCCGCCAUUCUCCUCUUUCUCCUCACUCCGUCUAGAAGCGGCCAUUCACGCCGGACAACCAAAAGGUAA